CCCUAGGACUUUAGGAUAGGAGCUGGUUUGGCUUGAAGCCUUGGAAUUCCAUGUAAUGGAUCGGAACCAGUGAUUCUUUUUUAUCAUGGCAAAAUUUGGAGGAAGAAGGGGACUCUUUAUCUUGUUGGGAGUGGCACUAUCUUUUUCAACUGUGCUAGCCCAGUUCGAUUGUUCCUUCGAUGUUGAUCUAUGUAGCUGGACCCAAGAUGACAAGGACUAUACGGACUGGCAGGUAGGGACUGGUCAAACAUCUACACCUGAUACCGGACCCUCUGGGGAUCAUACAUCAGGAGAUGGUAAAUAUCUCUAUGUUGAGACCAGCGAUCCGUUUAUAAAGUCUCAGUCAGUACGUCUUAUCAGUCCUCAGGACCAGGUCCAGGCAGGCGGGACCAAAUGCUUUCAAUUCUAUUACCACAUGUAUGGAUCAACUACGGGUGAUCUUAGGGUUUAUGUAGCCAGAGCUUCGGCAGACUUACCGAUAGGAAAUGAGACUUGGAUUAGGUCUGGGGAUCAAGGGAAUCAGUGGAACCUGGGACAAAUCGACAUCACUAGACCAGAUUCAGAUCCAUUUGACGUAACAAUAGAAGCAUAUAUCACAGGAACCUAUUAUGGUGACACAGCAAUCGAUGACGUCAGCAUAUCAGCAGGUUUCUGCGCCGGAGUUGUGGUGACUCCAGCACCUUCUGCCAUUCCAUCUUUAACUGAAUGUGACUUUGAGAACCCUGAUAUAUGUGGGUACUGGCAAGAGAAUGUAACAGAUGACUUGGAUUGGUAUCGAAACAGAGGACCAACUGGUUCUAAUACAGGACCAUCUAAUGACAACACAUACGGAACAGAUUCAGGGCAUUACAUGUACAUAGAAUCAUCAGAUAGGGAUGGGGACACCGCACAACUCUGGUCCACUCCAUUUUCUGCACAGGGUGGUCAUUGCAUCGAAUUCUUUUAUCAUAUGUGGGGUGAAAACAUGGGUACGUUGAACGUCUACGCGCUCCAAACCGGAAGUGACGUCAAUAGCUCUGUGCCUAUUUGGUCAAGAUCAGGUGAUCAGGGAAAUGACUGGAACAUGGCCAGAGCAGAUGCUUCGGGUAUCGUUGGAGAUUUCCAGAUAGUUUUUGAAGGCAUCAUCGGUGAAGACACAUCGGACAUAGCUAUUGAUGAUGUGAUCGUAUCUGAGAAUACGUGUCAAGAACAAGGUGACUGUACAUUUGAGAGUGAUAUGUGUACGUGGACCAAUGAAGAUGAUACUGAUGAUUUUGACUGGAUCAGACAACAAGGAGAUACAACAUUAGGGCCAACUUUUGAUCAUACACUCGACAGUGCUGCAGGUCACUAUAUCUUCAUGAAUGCUGACGGACAAUCCCCUGGCAAGACUGCACGAUUAUCAUCUAACAUGUAUCCAAGACACCUUGGAACACGACGUUGCAUUACUUUCUGGUACUUCCUGGAAGGGGUCAAUGUUGGGUCACUUCUGGUCACUCAGAUGACCAAUGAAGAUGGAGAUAUUGACCGCUGGUUGGUUGGUAGUACCCAAGGAUCGCAGUGGAAUUAUGGUCAAGUGGCUGUUUCUCAGGACAAGGAUUACUGGGUGAUAUUUGAAGGCAAGGUAGGAUCCUCUUCUGUUGGGAGUCUUGCAGUGGAUGACAUCGCUAUUAGAGAUAAUGGAUGCCGAGUGAUACCACAUGGUGCAGAGGUGGGUCCGCCGCUACCCUCCACUGUGGCCCCGCCAACCACUGCACCCCCAAUCACCAUCCCGGCUGGUCCAGCUAAUUGUGACUUUGAGGGAGGGAUGUGCGCUUACACACAUGACAGUAAUGGAGACUUUGAGUGGAGCAGGAGGAGGGGGGUUACUGACACCCCAGAUACCGGUCCUGAUACCGACCACACACACCAAGGUGCUAUAGUUAAUGCUGGUUGGUACAUGUAUACUGAGAGUGACUUCCGAACCAAUGGAGAUACAGCUCGACUGAUCAGUGAUGAGUUCACUGCUGUUAAUGAUUCAUGCUUUACAUUUUGGUAUCAUAUGUAUGGGAGUGAUAUUGGGACACUCAAUGUGAGGACAUCAGAUAAUAGAUUUACCUGGACCAGGACUGGAUCACAGGGAAAUAACUGGCUGCCUGUUAGGAUGAAUAUUGAUACCACUAUACAGCCUAUAACGUUGAUAUUUGAAGGAGUAAUGACAGGUGGAGUAAGGGGAGAUAUAGCUAUUGAUGAUAUACAAAUUGAUGACAGGGCUUGUAAUGCAGAAUACUUUUGUGAUUUUGAGACUGGGCUUGAUGGUUGUGGCUUUCUUCAGCAUGAACUACAUGAUGAUUUUGAUUGGUCGGUUGGGUUUGGGGAAACACCUACUCGUCUAACUGGGCCAUACAUUGACCAUACAACUGGCACAAUGACAGGAUACUACGCAUUCAUAGAAGCAGACAACCAGCAACCUGGCUCAAGGGCAUGGCUAAUUACUCAUAAAUACCCUGGAACGGGAGUACAUUGUGUAAACUUCUACUAUUACAUGUAUGGGGAUGAUAUAGGCACACUCAGCUUGUUCUAUAUAAAGGAGAAUGGGGCAUUCUCAAUGACGCUCUUUUCAAUGACAGGAGAGAUUGGUAAGGUCUGGAAUAUUGCACGCGUUCCUAUAGACCUGUCAGAAGACUUUCAGCUAGUCUUCUCAGCCAGUGUGGGUGAUGGUAACCUAGGUGAUAUUGCUCUGGAUGAUAUUGAACUCAAACAAGAAGCCUGCCCUCAUCCUGGCAAUAUAGAUUUUGAGGAUGGAUUUGAAUCUUGGACCAAUGAUCCUGACUUACUCCUGGGCCAAGGUAGUACUCCAACCUUCUCUACUGGACCAACAACAGAUCAUACACUUCGUACUUCUGAAGGUACCUUCGCUUACGUUGAAUCUACCAACACAGCUCCAGGAGAUAUAACUCGCUUGAGAAGUCCUCCUCUUCCACCUACCCCCUCCGAGGGUCAUUGUAUGAGCUUCUGGUAUAAUAUGAAUGGUGCAGAUAUCGGUGUGUUGAGGGUACAGCUAGAGACCGUGGAUCUCAGCGCGAAUAUGACUCUGUGGGACUAUGGAGCAAACGUUGGUGAUGUCUGGAAUCCUGGUCAGGUUCCCAUCAUCAUGGAUAGUUCAAAUUACUGGAUUGUAUUUGAGAUGCUGAAAGGUGGAGGAGAUGAAGGCGAUACUGCUAUAGAUGAUAUCACAUUCUCUGAAGUUAUAUGCGGAGUUUCACCACCUUACGCCGAUCCGGACAGUAAAACAACAACACCACGCCCCACCACGGUUCCUGCAACUACACCUGGAAUCAAAUAUGGCUGUAAUUUUGAUAUUGACUGGUGUGAUUUUGCUCAGUCUACGACUGAUGAUUUCCAGUGGUCUCGUACAAACUUGUUAACACCUACAUCAAGCACUGGUCCAGAGAGUGAUCAUACAACAGGAGAUGGGACUGGAUUUUAUGUCUUCACUGAAGGCUCUUUCAACCAGCGCAAGACUGCAGCUUUCACAUCACCCACCCUUCCUGCCUCCUGGGGUGGGGCAUGUGUUGAUUUCUGGUAUCACAUGUGGGGUGUUCAUAUGGGUACAUUGAAUGUCUAUGCAGAAGAGAACUCAACCAGUAUUAACUUACUUUGGACUAGGAGUGGUUCUAGAGCUAGGGUCUGGUAUCAAUCUAGGGUACACUAUUCAACAUUGUCAGAAUUUAAGUUUGUCUUUGAAGGCAUAAUGGGUAUUGAUUUGUCAAGUGACAUUGCUCUAGAUGAUAUCUACAUUACACCGGGACCUUGUCCAGCAAUCCAUGCAUGCAGCUUUGAGGAUGCUGAUAUAUGCGGUUACAAGCAAGAUUUAACUGAUGAUUUUGAUUGGGUAUGGGGUAAUGGUUCUACAACCACUCCCUACACAGGACCCUCUGUUGACGUUACCUUGGGAACAGAUGAAGGUCAUUACAUGUACAUUGAAGCUAGCAAUCAGAAUCCGGGUACGAGUGCAAGAUUGAUAUCGCAACGCUUUACCCCAGAUGAAAAUACUACUGAUAUUUGUUGGAGUUUUUUCUAUCAUAUGUAUGGUGAUCAGAUGGGAACACUCAAUACUUGGGUUGAGGGAGGAAGUAUUCCCAGCUGGACAUUUACAUCAGAUGGUGGAGUUGCUGACCGUUGGUAUUAUGCUGAAUUUGGUGUGACCAGUCAAUCCUCAUAUACAAUAGCAUUUGAGGGUUUGGUCGGGAGUGGAAGUCGGGGUGAUAUAGCUAUUGAUGAAGUUGACUAUAAACCAGGACCAUGUGCUUUUGGUACAUGCACUUUUGAGGAUGAGUUCUGUGAAUGGGUCAACGUCGAGGGUGAUGAUGGUGAUUGGCUCGUGUUCCGAGGACCGGCUGAUGUAGGAGGAAUAACAGGACCAAAUGUGGACCAUACACUAGGAACAGAUCAAGGUCACUAUCUCUUGGUGGACUCGGACCAGUUAUAUUUCCCUGGUUAUAGCGCCCUCCUUCACCUCGGCGAGCCUCACCUUCGAGGGAUGCAGUGCUUGAGGUUCUGGUAUAUGAUGAAUGGUCGUAAUGUUGGUGAGUUGAUGGUAUAUGCUACCGAUGGUUCACCUCUCUCAGCUAGUCAUGUUGUAUGGAUGUUAUCAGGCAAACAGCAGGAUGAUGGGAAUACAUGGCUCAAUGCAGCAGUUUCUAUUGACUUUGAUGCAUACAGUGAUGUAUACAUCAAGGGUAUGAUCAUUGAAUCUCCUUACGGUGAUAUCGCUAUAGAUGAUCUAGCGUUAGAAGGAGAAUCAUGUGAUUUCUAUCCACCUGAAGCAUCACCUGACUACACAUUCAAACCCCUGUCAUGUGACAUUGACCAUUGA